AGCGAGGGAGAAGCGAGAGGGAGCGAGGAUCGGAGCUGGUGGAAGCGAGAGGAGACGAUCGGUGUUUGAGACGAGGGCGAGAGGGGUGAAAGCAUCGCCGCGAGAGGUCGUGUCGGGGGGUUGUUGGUGUGACGUCACGGAGUAAUGGCGCCGCCUUCGGCGUCGAAGGGAGCCGCGCGAUUGGUCGAGAGAAAUGAUGGCAGGCUUGCGUGCCAAUCGAUUGCCGUUGGUAGGCUCGGGUCUGGUCCGUCCGUCCGUUGGGUAUGGUUGCUGGUAGCAAGACAGGUAGGGUAGCGUGGAGGAGGGGCGGCGAGCGCAGUGCGAGCGAAACAGAGAGAGGGGGACAGCCGCCUCGGCAGGAAGUGAGCCCCGAGAGUGGGACCCCAAGGCGAAAUCCACAAAUGCUCAGACGGUUCCGUUCUUUCGUGGCGAGUGGAGGUCGUCGAUACUUGUUCGUCUUCUCGUUUUGCCUUUAAGAAAUUUUACGUUGACAAUCGGAGUCGUAUCGGGCCACGAGCACGACGACGAGUCGGAGAAGGAAGAUCACGGAUGAAAGUACGUGCGCAACGGUGCACGGAGCAGCAGCAGCAGCAGCAGCACGCGUGUAUCCAUCAGGUGGGACGGCGAGGGGUCGUCGACGACGGUCGUCGUCAUCGUCGCCCUUCUUCCUUCCUUUCUCGACGUUCGCAGGAAAGACUAUAGUGCGGCGAAAAGUGAAAAUUUGUCCGUAUACCGCAAGUGAGGGGAUCGGUUAUGCGUGUACGACGCGAAGUGAUGUGAUCGAACUGUUUCCCCGGAUCGGGUAGAAUCGUCCGCAUCGAAUAGUCCGAAGAACGGAGAGGAAUCGCGAGGACCCAGCGUAUCGUUGCAUCGUCGCGAUCCCAUUCGUCGAGCUUAUCGCGAGGCUGCAGCCAGUCACGAACGAGCUCUCGUGCGGGUUCGACGAGUUGAAACGGAGCAAGAGGGAAAUAUACGUCGAGAAAGAAAAAAGUGUUCGCCAGUUCUCGAUCGGACUUUGCCGUGAAACGUGCGGAUUCGUGCAGUUCGAGCGCUUGCAAUUACGGCGAUCGAGGCGUAGAGUCGCGGCCCACGAGGGACAGGAGGAACAGGAGGCGGAGGAGGAGGAGGUGGAGGAGGAGGUGGAGGAGGUGGAGGAGGAGGAGGAAGAGUGCGCGACCAGAGGAAGAGGAAUGAAAUCGUGUUGAUAUGAGGAUAGAAGAAGAGUGUUCGAUGUUCGAUCAUCCACUCGUGGAUGCGCAACGUGGAUGACUUUUCACGAUUCUUUCAAAAAAAAGAAAAAAAAGGAACAAAAUCGGUGAUAUCGGAGUGAUCAAGCGGAGAAUCACAUUUCCCGUAUACCGAUAUAGGAAUGAUCGUGCCGUUGAUUAUUGGUUAAACGAAUAAGUGCACGGUGAUCGUGUGCUCGAUUGACUGACGAUUGUGUAUAUAUAUAUAUAUACAUAUAUAUAUAUACAUACACACGUGUAUAUAUAUAUACAUACAUACAUACAUACGUAUAUAUAUAUAUAUGUAUAUAUAUCGUUUGUGCUUGUUCAACGAAGUGACUACAACGUGAUCAAACGAGGAUUUAUCGCACGAGGUGACUCUUUUUAUAUAUCGAUCGCGGACAAAGAUUCUAACGGGACCGACGAACGAAAGGAUAGAAUUUCGUACACGUGCGCGUUCGUCGCGAUCGUCGCGAACGAAAAAUAAGUGGAAGAGAAGAGUGUCGGUGCGGUACCGAUCGCCGACUUCUCGUCGGUGGUGCGUUAGGGAAGGUGGAAAAGGGGCGAGCAACUUGCCUCUUUCUUUUCUCCCCCCUCCCUGCCCUUUUUUUCUUUUUUUGCUUAUGAUCGAGAAGAGAUCGGGAAAAUCGAUUUCCAUGUCAUCCUGUUGCUGCGAAGAAGGGAAAAGAAGAAGGAUAUUGUCAUUGCUGGUCGCGUAGCGUUCGCGGGUAGCGCGCAACAGCGAACACGCCGCCGACUCGUUUGCCCGGCGCGGUGGUAACGGAGGAUUCGGCACGAGUGAUCAACCGUGAGGAAGCGUGCACGAGUCCUUCUCGGCGUUUCGUCGAAUUUCUUGACGUCGAGCGGUACAAGUAAACGGCGGCAAACUGUACGGGCACCGGGAAGAAGAAAUGCUCACGAUGGAGACGGACCUGAAGGGCGGCAGCCUGCACGGUCAAAUGCCACCGCACCAAGGUGUAUCGCCAAUGGGCCAUCAUACCGGAGUUUCGCCUUACGGCAGCCUCGGCUCCAUUGUGCACAGCCCGGCAUUGUCUGGAAGUCCACCGAGCACCGGAGGUCUGGGCCUGGGCUUGCCGCACCACCAUCAAACACCGCAACACCAUUACGCGUCGAUGCAGGCGGCGCAGCAACAGCAACAGCAACAGCAACAACAGACGAUACACUCGUUGGCCCAGCAAAACGCCGGCCAACAGCAGCAGCAGCACCAACACCAUCCUCACCAACCCCCCCAACAACAGUCUCAGACGUCCCACCAUCAAUCCGCCAACAACAACAACAACACCAGCAAGAACAACAACAUCGAUCGCGUGAAAAGGCCGAUGAACGCGUUCAUGGUGUGGUCCCGCGGGCAACGGCGAAAGAUGGCCCAAGAGAACCCCAAGAUGCACAACUCGGAGAUAUCGAAACGUUUGGGGGCCGAGUGGAAGUUGCUGAGCGAAACGGAGAAGCGCCCGUUCAUAGACGAGGCGAAACGAUUGCGCGCCGUGCACAUGAAGGAGCACCCCGAUUACAAAUACAGGCCGCGGCGCAAGACAAAAACGUUGCUCAAGAAGGACAAAUUCCCCCUCGGUGGAGGAGUGGCGGGCGUUGGUGGGAUGCUGGGUGUGGAUCAACGGCAAGUCGGCGGUAACGGUGGGCCCCAGCAGACCCAAUUGUCGCGCGACGUAUACCAAAUGCCCAACGGUUACAUGCCGAACGGAUACAUGAUGCACGAUCCAACGGCUGCCUACCAGCAACACGUCGCGUACGGGAGCCACAUGGGCGGCGCGGCAGCGGCAGCGGCCGCUUCGGCGGCCGGCUACCCGAGGUACGACAUGGGCCAUCACAUGGGCGGCGGUAGCCCGAGCCCGAUAAACAGUUACAUGAACGGUUACGGUGGUUACGGGAGCACCACCGUGCCGGGUGGCUCGCCCUCACCUUAUCAUCAAGCGCAGCCCGGAUCUCAAAUGUCGAGCCACAGUCCCAGCGGUAGUAGCAUAAAAUCGGAGCCGACGAGUCCCGCGAGCGGUGGGAUACACACACCGACGCCAACGGGCGCGUCGUCGACGGCCGCUGCCGGGGGGCAAAUAGUUAAACGGGAAUACAUGGGGCAACAACAGACCCAACAAACUCAGGGUGAUCUCAGGCAAAUGAUCUCCAUGUAUUUGCCUCAAGGAGUGGAACAGGGAGUCGUCCAACAUGGCGCCGGUGUCUACUCACCUGGACCAUCUCCCGAUCCUUUGGCGCAGCAUCACACGGCGAUUCCACCUCUGACGCACAUGAUAGCUUAGAUUCAGAAGAGAGGACGACGUGCGUAACGUGGGACAACUUUGAGAAUAUGAAGAUGAUAUUCUAACGAGAGAGAAAGAGAGAAAGAGAGAGAGAAAAAGAGAGAGAGAAAGAAGAAAAAAAAAAUACAAAAAAAGAUCGACCGCGAGAAUAACAUAUUGAGAUUGUUAUAAUACGCUGAUGAAUUGAUUCGGAGGCCGUGGGGGCUGAGACGAGAUCGUCGAAGAUUUCUCGCAAUCUUUGGAGAAAUGACAAAGGAAGGAAAGAAAAGAAAAGAAAAAAAGAGAAGAUAACGAAAACGAAAAAAUAAUAACCAAGAGAAAUAAAAUCAAUCGAAAAAAAAAAAUUUUUUCUUCUUUCACAAUUCAAACGCGAUCCGAAGUAUUCAAUCAUCAAGGAUUCGAGCAGCUCGUGUACUAGUUAGCGAAUUAGAUACACGAAAAGAAAAGAAAAAGAAAAGGGAAGGAGCGAGUAAUCGCGUUCUUGAGCGAUCGAUAUAUGAUUCACGGAAGAUAUUACCAUCGUUGGAAUCGCGCGCGUCCUCGUCGAUCGUACGCCCGAGGACUUCCGGUCGUUUUCUUCCCAAGCUUGCGACGAAUCUGCGCCCCUGCGGCCCCCCCAGUUCUUUUUCGCGCCUCUUCUUCUCGUUUGCAGAGAGCGUUCUCAAUUUUUUUUUCUUUUUUUUUCCUUCUAUCGACGCGAUGACACGGAGGAGGCACGAUAAGUCGUUCGUUGAAUCAAACGGAAACGCGAUUUUGACGAGGGAAGAGGGAGGGACAAGAAGAAGAGGGGUCUUCGCGGAAUAAAUUCGGAAAAAAGAAUGGAGAUGUAUCGAUGAUUUGUCAAUGGGUGUUGCAUUAUACGCGAACGAAAUGCGAAGAGUAGAGCGAUAAUGGAAGAAAAUGAACGAGAGAGAGAGAGAGAGAGAGAGAGAGAGAGAGAGAGAAAGGAAAGCGAGAAGCAACGCGAACUGAUUAAACUUCUUACUGUGAUAAAGCAUGAAAAAAGGUUGAAUGCUGCACAAUUUAGCUCGCGUGUAAGAAAUAGCAGGGUAUAGUUGGGACUCGAUAGAAAGGGGAUGAUGAUUUGAAAAGUAGAGAAAGACGUGUAUCGCGGGAAAAAGAAAACAGAAAAUCGAACGAGAUUACAAUAACCGUGUGUGUAUAUAAAUAUAUAUAUAUAUAUACAUAUUUAUAUGCGUAUAUGUAUGUGUAUACAUAUAUAUAUAUAUACAUAUUAAUAGAUUAUAUACUAACUAGAAUUAGAAUAAGAGAUAUGUAUCAUAUUUUCUAUCAGCAAUAUUCUCCUCUUUUCUCUUCUGGCCGUUCGGUGACGUCUCGUUCGACGUCUAUCGUGUACCCGUUUCUUUUCCCUACCAUUUUUAAUCGCAUCGUUCACUGAACGUCGAAUGUAUGUACGAAAAUAUCGUAUAUGGAAGGAAAAGAGAGAGAGAGAGAGAGAGAGAGAGAGAGAGAGAGAGAGAGAAUGAAUGAGAACGAAUGAGAGAGAAAAAGUGCACGUACGACACGAUCGCUAGAGAUGGAUUAAGCUAGAAGCAGCGAAAUCCCGAAUGCGUAUCGAGAUAAAAGAGAACGAGAUAGAGGAAAGGAAAAGAAAAGGAAAAAAGAAGGAAAGAAGAAGGAAAAGAAAAAAGGAAGGAAAAAAUGGAACGGGAGAAGAAGAAACAAGAACAAUAUUUAUCGCGCAUAUCGUGCAUCCCUCCCCCACUCCCCCACAGUCGAACAUAGUUGACAUAGACGAAAGAAUCCCUUUCGGUGUACCGAGAAGAGUUUUGUGUGUUCGUAUGCGAGAGUGGGAAAUUGUUGUGGAAGUAGAUUGGCCGUUGAUUGUUAACCCCGGAUCCUUCUCUUUCUUUUAUGGUAUUAUAAAAACCUUGUGCCUUCUUUGUCACGCGAGAAAAAGAGGAAAGGAGAGAACUUCAAGGGUACUCAUUACAAUAAAGUACGUUUUAUCAGCAUAUUAUUUCGUUUACUUUAUUACUGUGACGUCGUUAUUAAUGUUAUUACCAUUAUCGUCCAUGAUUUUUUUUCCCUUCGUUAUUAUUAUUAAUAUUAUUAUUAUUAUUAUUAUUAUUAUUAAUAUUAAUAUUAUAAUUAUUAUUAUUAUUAAUAUUAUCAUUAUUAUUAUCUUUACUAUUACUUAUCUUUACCACUGUAAUUAUUAUAAUUAUAAUUAUCGUUCUCAUCUGCGACUCGGUUACACGCGCACCUUCCCACCUCUUUUCCUCUUCCCAUUUUCGUUCGAGUACCGCACCGCCAUCCGUUUCCUUCGCUUUUCGAUCGUCAUCGAUCGAGCAAUCCGCGAAACGCGCGUAUUGCGUUUCUCUACGCUUUCCCGCUUGGCGAGGAAACCUUUAAACCGAAAAUUCGAAAAGCCGACUAAUCGCGACCGAUCUGUGCCUGACGUGCCAAACGAAGGGAGAACGACGGGGAAUCGAAAUUUGUUACGCGAAAGAGGUUCUUCCAACUUCUUCUCGUCGUCGUAUUUUAAUAAGUUCCCCUCUCGCUUGCAAUCAUGCCGUGAUAAGAGGCUUUUGAAAUCCCGGAUCGAUCGGCCGAUCGGCCAAACUUCAACCACGCGCAACUUUACAGAUACUUGUCAGGGAGCCAGUUUCUCGCGUCCCUAGUUUUUCACCAUUCUUGGGCGAAGUUCAGUAUCGGUAUCUCGAGCUUUCUUCGAGUCGUCUCGAAGUGCGUGAAAUCCGAUCGACGGAAAGGAGGGACCGAUUUGUUUUUAUCAUAUUUCUCUUAUAUUUCUCCUCCCUUUUUCCCUUCUUGGUCAAGUAUCGAGCAAGAAUAUUUGUUCAAUUCUUUUAUUUUUUAAUCGCCUAGCUCGAUACGAAACUCUUCUUAAAGAGUCGCUCAAUCGCGUUGCCACGAUCGAGAUUUUUGGAAUUGUUUAAGAACGAGUUUUUUUUUUUUUUUUUUAAAUAACAACAAUUUUCGUUCGACAAACGAAUGCAAGAAGAUACAAACGUCGUUCUCCUUUCUUUCUUUCUUGUUUUUUUUUUUUUCACACGAUAUAACAUCAUAUAACAUAUUUACGUAUACGAGCAUGCAAAGCGAAAGAUAGAUGGUUACGAAAGCUUUGUAUAAAUUACCGAUAAUUUUUUUUCUUUUUAAAUCGUAAGCACUGUAAUGUAAAUACAUGUUUUGCCAUGGCAACGAAUCGUCGUGGUAACUUUCGAAUAUAUUACAAUAUACAUGUGUAUAUUAAUCGAGAGCGUAUGAUUUCUUUGUUGUUUCAUUUUUCAAUUUUACCAACAACGAUUACCCAAUUGAACGAAAUAUCGAAGAGCCGAAAGAUACGAAUCAGGUAAUUCAAUCUUCCACGAGAAGAACAACAUCGUUUCACUCUUGUGUGUACUUUGCAUGCAUCCUCUGCGUGGAUCAUCGCCUUUCCUCUUUUUCCUCUCUUCUCUAUCUCUAUCUUUCUCUCUCUGUCAUUCAUUUUCCAAUCAUACACCGCGAUGAAACGACACGCGAUAGAUCUUCCAACCGAUUUCACGGUUACAUUUUUCUACUUGUACAAUUUUCAAGCAACCGCGUUGAGCCGUGUUUACAAUCCUUUACCAAAUCGUUGUCGAAGUCGAUCGUUGGGGGAAAUGCAUGGUGAUUACACGCGAAGGAAAUCUACGGACGAUUAGGCGUGGAGAGAUCGAGAUACGAGGGACGAAGGAAGGAACGAACGAACGAGGAAGAGACGAACGAGACGAACGGGUUUUUCGGUAUCCUUUUUCCCGGUGGAUAGCUGUUUUUAUUCGCCAGCCCGGCUCGAAUAGCCGCCGCGAAAUGUCCUAAUAAAUAUAACGCUCGCCACGGACGAGUGGAGACAUUAAUUCGCGCCAAUAAAUAUUCCCAUCGUUCCGGCACAUAAACCUGGCGUUUGUCAUAUACACGCAGUCAUUUCGGUUAAAAGGCAUUCUCUCUGCCACUGAAUGCAAAUGCGAGUGCUCGUUGUGCGUGCCGUAGGGUUUCUAAAGUGCUUUCAAUUACGUGUUCCACCUAACGUCCUGGCCUGGAGGGCCAUUUUCCUAUGUUUUGCAUAACCGGGAUUUUCAAGUGUUUCACGCCCCACGAGGACGCGCGACGCGCCGCGCCGCGCCGGUCCGCCAGCUAUACGCUUCUUUAUCCUGAUUCUUUUUUCUCUCUCUUUCCGUCUCUCUAACGAGCCUUCCUCUAGAUUUCUUGCUGCUCUUUCGUCGCUGCUUUUCCCUUUCUUCCUUUCUUUCCUUUCUCUAUUCCCUUGUUUUGUUUUCUCUUCUCUGUUAUCGACCGACCCUCCAAAGUGCGUGCGCCAAUUGCGGGCCUCCUGGGUAGGCCCGCGAGGGCGAAACAAUUACCCGCGAGAGAGAGAGAGAGAAAAAAGAAAUAUCAAUUUCGAGGAUUUUCGACUCGAUCGACGCGAUAAAGUUCCAAGCUUUCGAAAUUCUUUUUUUUUUUUGUUAUUUGUCCUAUUUACUGUUCCAUGCUGGAAUCCUCCAAUCUAUCCUCGCAUGAAUUUUUCACAUUCUUGGAUUUCACUGUUGCAACAGUUGCUGCCUGCUCAAACGUGCACGAUUAUUAAUUUUCGCGCUCACGAAUCCUUUCUGUUCUGUCGCAUCGCCGCUAUUAUUAAAGCGAGCGAUAACGAGUGCGCUCUAUAAGAAGCACUUGUUCGUUGUUAAUGGUAAUGGAAACGACGGGGGAAACAACCGGGCUCGAGACACGCGAGAAAUAUUCAAAUUAUGCCCUGUUCGGUGUUCGAAAAGCCGCUCGACGAUCGAUAGAUCGAUCGUUCGAUCGCCGAGGCGGAAAAGAAAAAUUGGAGAAACGCGGCCGGUUUGUCGACGCGGAUCAAUCUUGAUGAAACACGAGCUGCUGCUGCUCGAGAGAUAGGUAUCAACCGACCAUGUUACACGCUACGAUAACGCGGAAAUCUGUCGUUUGGAAUCAACCAUCGUUCCCUACUACCAUCGUUAAUCGCAAUAUAUAAUAUAUCCCGAUGUAUCAACCAUCGACAAAUUAAUUAUCUCGUAAUGCGUAAUCAAGUUCAACUGCCUCGAUAUCGAAUAAAACUUUUUUUUAAUCGAUAAAAAAAGAAAAA